UGAAGCGGCCGCUCACGCGCGUCGCUCUCCCACAGCAGCAGGCGGGUUAUCGCGAUGUCACACCGGCGCCGUUCCCACCGAAACACAGUGGUUUGAGGUGAACCAUUUCCUUGCGGAGCGUCCUGCUGACGUGAGGAUGCGUCCCGGAGCAGGACUUGCUGUGGAAGCCGCGUCUCUGUGUCUCCUGCCUCUCCUGCACUGUGUUGCUGCUGCCGUUUACAGUGGAGGUGUUCAGAGGAGCCUCCAGGACCAUGUGCAGAGUUAUGAGGUCACCUAUCCUGUAUGGCUGCAUCCUCACAGGCACGGCAGGUCUGCCAACAGAGAGCACCCUGCCGAGGCCCAAGUUCUCCUCUCUGUAGAAGGUCAGGAGCUGAAGCUGCUGCUGGAGAGAAAUGAACAACUUUUAGCCCCUGGAUAUCAGGAGACAUGGUACGCCUCAGAUGGGAGCAGGAAGUCCAGUUCUCCUGCUGAUGUGGGACACUGCCUCUAUCAUGGGACAGUUCAGGGACUGGAAGACUCCACCGUUGUUGUCAGCACCUGCUCUGGACUCAGGGGACUCGUUGCUGUGAACGCAAGCGUGAGCUACCUGGUGGAGCCGCAUCCUGUUGCCACAGACGCCCAGCGGCACGUCGUGUUCAGAGCCGACAGCCUCCACCUACCCAGGGGUCAGUGUCUGCAUCACCAUGGCAACACAGAGCCGGAGGGUGGACUUGGCAACUUCAUCCGUGGAGUGACAUCAUCUCACAGGGAACGAAGGGACGUGAGCCAGAACAUGAAGUACGUGGAGCUGCUGCUGGUGGCAGACAAGGCCGAGUUCCUAGAGCAUGGGAGUAGUCUUGAGAAAACCAAACUGAAGCUGCUGGAAGCCGCUAACUUGGUCGACAAGUACUACAAGCCUUUGAACAUCCGGGUUGCUUUAAUUGGACUGGAGGUUUGGACCCACCAGGACAUGAUCAACGUCUCCAACAAUCCCCACAGCACGCUGGCAGCUUUCCUCUCCUGGAGGCGCAAGCAGCUGCGCUCGCUGCCCAACGACAACGCUCAGCUCAUCACGGGAGUGUCAUUCCAGGGCACCACCAUUGGCCUGGCACCUCUCAAAGCCAUGUGCUCCGACUACCAGUCUGGAGGGGUGAACACGGACCACUCAGAGUUUGCAGUUGGUGUUGCCGCCACCAUGGCCCACGAGAUGGGCCACAACUUUGGCAUGAGUCACGACAGCGCCGGCUGCUGCCCGACCGACGCGGACGACGGGGGCUGCAUCAUGGCCGCUGCUACAGGGCACCCGUUCCCACGCGUCUUCAAUGCUUGCAACAUGAAGGAGCUGAAGAGCUACCUGAACUCCGGAGGUGGGAAGUGUCUGUUCAACCUGCCCAACACCCGCUCCCUGUACGGAGGGCAGCGCUGCGGCAACGGUUACCUGGAGGAGGGGGAGGAAUGUGACUGUGGCGAGGAAGAGGAGUGCACCAGCCCCUGCUGCAAUGCCAACAACUGCACUUUGAAAGCUGGAGCCGAGUGCGCUCACGGCAUCUGCUGUCACAACUGCAAGCUCAAGAGUCCGGGGGUGCUGUGUCGGGCCCCUUCAGGAUCCUGCGACCUCCCAGAGUACUGCAACGGCAAGGAGGAGUCUUGUCCGGCCAAUUUCUACCUGGUGGACGGCUCGCCCUGCGCGGGGGGGCAGGCCUACUGCUACACCGGCAUGUGCCUCACUCUGGAGCAGCAGUGCCGCUCCAUCUGGGGUCCAGACGGCCGAGCUGCGCCAGAUUUGUGCUUCCGGAUGGUAAAUGAAGCCGGGGACAUGUACGGCAACUGUGGCAAGGAUCUGUACGGGAAAUACAGGCGCUGCAGGGACAGAGAUGCCAUGUGUGGGAAGAUCCAGUGCCUAACGUCUUCGUCCAAACCGAUCGAGACCAAUGCCGUUCCGAUAGACACCACCAUCACUGUGGGUAGCAGGAAGGUCUUCUGCAAGGGGACUCAUGUUUACAAGCUGGGGUUGGCGGAGGAGGACGUCCAAGGCGACACUCUGGACCCCGGACUUGUCAUGACCGGCACCAAGUGUGGCCCUGAUUCGAUCUGCUUCAAUGGAGAGUGUCGCAAUGCGUCUUUCCUCCAGGCCGACAAGUGCAACACCAAGUGCCACGGACACGGGCUGUGCAACAACAACCACAACUGCCACUGCGACGCUGGCUGGUCUCCUCCACUCUGCGAUCAGGCCGGCUCUGGUGGGAGCGUGGACAGCGGACCUGUCAUCGACCACAGCCAUCUCCUCCCGCUUCUGGUUGUCCUCCCACUGGUUCUGUUCGCGGUUCUGCUGGCACUCGGGCUCUGGUGCUGCCACAAACACAAACUCCGACCGCUGAAGUCGCCUGCUCCGCCUCCGGUGCCCAGCUGCUCAGUCCCGGUGGAAGCCAAGCCUCUGCAGCCUGACGCUCACGCCAACGGUCAUGCCAACCCAACCUUCCUGCUCAGGAACCAGGACUCGGAGACUCUGGGGAAGUCCUCUCCGCGCCUCAGGCCGACCGUGGUCCGUCCAACGGUGAAGCCACCUCCAGUGCCUGUGUGUGCCGCCACCCAAAACAAGAUUCCCCCUGAAACGACUUCCAGAAAACGGUGCCCUCCUCUGGCCAGUGGCCCGGUGAGACCUGCUCAGCUGGCUGAGCCCCGGAGGAAUCCACCUCCCGCACCCAGACCUGACCCCCCAAACAGACCUCCUCCUCCGUGUCCGGUCAGCAAACCGUCACUGGAACAAGUCAAGCGUCUGCCUGCCACUAAUCCCGCUCUGGCGCCCUCUGCUGGACAGAAACACUCAAACAGAUCUUGAAGCCUGACCUCAGGGAAACGCUGGACACCACAGCAGUUGGUCUGCCUCCAACACACGGCCACUUGAGCGGGGUACAGCUUUUAGCCAACACUGCUGCCUUGCUCAUCCGAUACCCAGGAGACGGCGAGUUCGCGGGAACAACAAUGCAAUAAGUUUCUCUUAGUUUGGAGAUGAAAUGUGAAGCCGCUUCGUGUGUUUGAAACACUGCAGUAUUUAUUCAGUUUGCAACAUCAAUGAAUGUUUACAGUGAAGUCUUUCACUCAACCAGGUGCCUCUUAAAGAGCAUCAGCUGCGGAGGAAUGUUUUAUAUUUAGAAAAAGUGCUUCUAUUGGCGAGUGUUCAGGAUGAGGGACUUCAACUGGACUAAAGGGACCAGUGGGAACCUGAGAGGCCUGCUGCUGGCUGCCGGUGGGAGGGAAGAUGUACGUCUUAAAUGUAGCAGCUGUUUUUUAUUAUUAUUUCAAAGUAUGCACUUUUUUAUCGUGUGUUUGAUCAGCGUCUCGAAGAACGUUUUGAUUCUUUACAUCAUAACAGCAUCUCUGUCGAUCACCUUCAUGAAACGCAUUCAGAUUUCCAUCUGACUUCCUGUCAGCUGAAGCGUGACCGGAAGUUUCUUCUCCUUCUCGACUCCUCUUAGGGACGUGCAGUGAGACAGAGUGGAAGCGAGGUAAUAAUCCAGCGGUACUGUCAUGUGACUUUGUUUACCUGCCUGAUCUGCGCCUGGACAAAAAGGAAACACUGCUGCCAUAUUUGUUGUCUUCAAACGACAUCUAUGCAAACUCAGGCCACUUCUACUGGAAAUACAAUAAAAUAUUACG